AUGACAUAUGUACACAUAUACAUGCAUACACAUAUGCUGUAUUGCACUUUAUUUGCAGUCCCUCACUUGUUUGCUUGUCUCCCUGCUGUGUGCAUGUGCCUUUGCAUCUGUAAUGUAAUGUUACAGAGUGGGAGGCUUCUGGGCCGCUUUAUCACAUUGUCAGUUCUACGAUUUAUCAUCUUAUAGCACCGUCCACCACUACCACACUAUACUUCGCCAUACGAACUGUAAGUCCAAGGCGGCGGGUCCAGCCAUCUAGGACCCCUCCUCAUCCAUUCACCCGAACAACCGAAGAGACAGAGGGUUCGGCAAUCGCCACCAAUCUAGCGUGCGAAUCUGGUCCAUCAACUGCGACCUCAACUCCACAUCUCAGCAGCUAGCCAUAAUCUCGCGCUCCCGACUAAUUCGGGGGUCUCCCCAGGAAUCGAACCCAGAACCUUAAACCGCGAAUCGCAGUAGUGUCAACCCAG